AUCUGUUAUCAAAUAAUAAAUAGUUGUGUUAUUGUAGUGACUGUUCAGUCUACUGAUUUUCGUCUUUUGGGGAAGAAGUAUUUGAAGAUAUAUUUUAGAAUUAUGGCUAGCAGAGAUCCAGCGGCUAACCAACUAAUAAAAUACAAGGAAACUGCAAAGAAUACCUUAUCGGCGACUACAGCUCACGGUACUCCGAUAACGGACAAGGAUGCAACCCUUACAGCAGGACUCAGGGGACCAAUUCUCCUUCAAGAUGUCCCAUUGAUAGAAGAGAUUGCCCAUUUUGACAGGGAAAGGAUACCAGAACGCGUGGUUCACGCUAAAGGAGCGGGAGCUUUCGGUUACUUCGAAGUAACUCACGACAUCACAAAAUACUCAGCGGCGAAGGUCUUCUCCCAAAUUGGAAAAAAGACCCCUAUAGCUGUUCGAUUUUCGACCGUAGGAGGAGAGUCUGGAUCGGCCGACACUGUAAGAGAUCCUAGAGGUUUUGCUGUUAAGUUCUAUACUGAGGAUGGCGUUUGGGAUUUGGUUGGUAACAACACACCCAUUUUCUUCAUAAGAGACCCUGUACUAUUUCCAAGUUUCAUCCAUACACAAAAGAGGAAUCCCCAAACCCAUCUGAAAGAUCCUGAUAUGUUUUGGGAUUUCAUCACUUUGAGACCUGAAUCGACCCAUCAAGUCAUGUUUCUUUUUUCCGACCGUGGAAUUCCUGAUGGUUACAGACAUAUGAAUGGAUACGGAUCGCACACGUUCAAGUUGGUCAAUGCUGAAGGCCAAUGGGUUUACUGCAAAUUCCAUUAUAAAACAAAUCAGGGCAUAAAGAAUUUGGAUGUCAAAAAAGCUGGAGAAUUAUCUGGAUCCGAUCCUGAUUACAGUAUUAGAGACUUAUACAAUGCCAUUGCUAGGGGAGAUUAUCCAUCCUGGACAUUCUAUAUUCAAGUUAUGACAAAUGAGCAAGCCAUAAAAUGCCCAUUCAAUCCCUUCGAUUUAACGAAAGUAUGGUCACAUUCUGAAUAUCCUUUGAUACCAGUUGGAAAAUUGGUUUUGAACAAAAAUCCACAAAAUUACUUUGCUGAAGUUGAACAAGUUGCUUUCUCUCCAGCCCACAUGGUCCCUGGUAUAGAACCCUCUCCAGAUAAGAUGUUGAUUGGAAGAUUAUUCUCCUAUGGUGACACACACAGACAUCGUCUUGGAGCUAAUUACUUGCAGUUACCAGUUAACUGUCCUUUCAGAACCGCCAACUAUCAAAGAGAUGGCCAACAAGCUAUUCACAAUCAAGGAGGUGCUCCAAACUAUCAUCCAAACAGUUUCGGAGGGCCAACUAAUAGCGCUGAAACCAAAAUUUUAUCUACUGUGUUCUCUGUUGGAGGAGAUGCUAAGCGGUACGAUACAGGCGACGAAGAUAACUUCUCCCAAGCAAGUACUUUCUAUCGCAAAACUUUAACAAAAGAACAACAAGAUAGGCUUGUGAGCAACAUCGUGGGAAACCUAAAAGAUGCCGCCGAUUUCAUUCAAUUGAGGGCAGUCAAGAACUUCAGUCAGGUUGAUGCUUCACUUGGUGAAAGAAUUGCUGAAGGUCUCAAGAUUCAGAAAAAAAACCAGGCGUCGUUAUAAACAGAUGCGAUAAUUUUUUUCAAUCCAUAUAUGUAUAGUUAUAGGAGAACAAGGUGAUAAAUGAAGAUAUUUUUUCGGAAAUGGUUUUAAUAAAUAAUUUUUAUAUACUGUA